AUGCAGCUGAAGCCUUUCGUUUUCCUUGCAGUGUUGCCGGUCUCUUCUGCCAUUCCCACGCACAAGCACCGGCGGCACAGGCGCGAUAGCCAGGGCCACCUGACAAUGACAGCGACCCCGUUCCUGGCCGCCGAUGUGGAGCGGCAGAUGUCGCCCACGCCGGGCGUGGAAUCCAGCAGCGUGUGGGCCAACACUUCUCGAUACGCCAGUGGAAGCGAAUCCGUUAGCGAGGCUGUCAGCGAUGGGACGUCCACGUUCGUUAGCGACAGCUUCACGGAAAGCGAGUCGUCCGAAGGGAACGGUACCCUGAUCGCGGAUUUCGAAACCUUGGAGAGUGAUACGUCGAUUGGCAACGCCACCAUGGCGCCAGAGUCCAUCUCAAGCGUGUCAUUCAGCAGCGCCAGUGAUGCCGACGUCUCAGCUUUCCCGACCGCGAACGUGUCCGGGACUGCACCUCUGUCCGACAUCAGUUCCGUAUCGGAGUCAGUAGCUAGCAGCAGCACGCUUGCAGGCGAUGUUACUUUGAACACGUCGACGCCGGUCCUCAGCUCUACUGCGGAACCUUCAGACACCAAUUUAUCUAGCACAAGUGCCGGGUGGCUAAGUUCCAUAAGCACCGCGGUGUGGGGCUCAAGCACGGAUGUUUCAUCGACUAGCAGUGCGUAUCCCUCUGCCAGCUCGCGGCCAAAGAACACCACUGGUCCAUCGGACAUCCACGGCGAUCUUCAGAACUUUGAACCCCCUACUCAGAAAUUCGUGGAUGGGAGUGUCUCAUGCGACGAGUUCCCUGUGGGCCAAGGUGUGGUUGAUCUGUCAUGGGUCGGGCUGGGCGGAUGGGCGUCUGUGAUGGACAUGGAUGGCAGCACUGCGGAAGGCUGCAAGGAUGGCUUCUACUGCUCCUACGCAUGCCAGGCCGGUAUGUCGAAGACACAAUGGCCUUCGAGUCAGCCUGGGGACGGUCGCUCCGUUGGCGGUCUCUACUGUAAGGAUGGAAAAUUGCAUCGCUCCAACCCUGGCGCGGACUAUUUGUGUCAAUGGGACGUUGACUCCGCUGCAGCGGUCAACAAGGUCGGGCAGCCAAUCGCCAUGUGCAGAACUGAUUACCCAGCCUCGGAAAACAUGGUUGUCCCCACAGUAUUGGAGCCUGGCAGCAGUAAGCCGGUUUCGGUCGUGGAUGCCAACAAUUACUACAUGUGGCAGGGUAAGAAGACUUCGACUCAGUACUACGUCAAUAAUGCGGGCGUUUCGGUGGAAGACGGUUGCGUAUGGGGAGAGAACGGCUCUGGUAUAGGUAACUGGGCUCCUGUCGUGCUUGGAGCAGGUUACGACAAUGGUAUCAGUUACUUGUCCAUUAUCCCUAACCCCAACAACAAGGUACCUCCAAACUACAAUGUCAGAAUAGUAGCGAGCCCGGGGUCCAAAGUCAUUGGUGACUGUAAGUACGAAAAUGGAGUCUACAAUGGCGAGGGUACCGAUGGUUGCACCGUGUCAGUUCUUUCUGGGACAGCGAACUUUGAGUUCUAUUAA